AUGUCGACCAUUCCCCACGCACCAUAUGGUUCCUCAGCGCCGGCGUAUCAGAGAAGGAACGAGCACAAGGCUCAUACUGGAAACGAGCACGAGGAGAGCUACGUGCUCACACUGCACACCAACGUGGAGCACCACAAGCUGAUGACAUCGCUUCGAGAACAGUACUUUCCUCCCGCCCUCAACAAACUCGAAGCCCACAUUGCAGUGUUCCGGGCUCUCCCGGGAUCACAACUGUCUCGGAUCAUACAGGAUAUUGCCAGUGUCGCGGGUUCGCAAAGGCCCUUCUCAAUCACUGCGGAUGCGCCAUUUCGGAUGAGACGAGGCGUAGGUAUCCGCGUGGUCGAUGAAUCUGGCCAAGCGAAAGGCAUUCAUCAGGAGCUGAAAGCUCGGUGGAGCCCCUUCCUCAGUCAUCAGGAUCGGAGUUUUCAAGCCCACUAUACGGUUCAAAACAAGGUCGAUGACGAGGCAGUCGUUAAUGACACACUCGAAGAGCUUGGGAAUCAUUUCCAUGGCAGUCAAGGCACGGUCAUUGGGUUGGCUCUGUACAGGUAUGAUCGUGGAUUCUGGAGAAAGGAACGCGACUUUACCUUUGAGGAUGGAGGGCCAUGA